ACACACAUAUAUAAACGCGCACACAAAACGGGGGAGGCUGCCCAUCUCUCGGGUGCUAAAGGGUUUUCUUUUUUUAACUGACGUGCGUCUACCUUCAUUUCCGUUCACUACAAAUAUAACUUCGUCGUCUGAAUGGCUGAGUCUUCGCGUGUGUUCUUGUCUUACUCUUGUGUGCUGUUCAUUUGUGUCUUCUCUGGCCAUAAAGCUAAACGGCAGUUAGCAUAGCAGCGUCGCUACUCCCUGUGGCAGGACUAACAAAAUUCAAUCAAUGAGAAGCCGCGUCAGGAUCAGCGCUUAGAUGAAUCUGAACCGUUAUAAACCAGCAAAUGUCAAGAAGACGCAGCAAAUGUGCUUACGAGCGAAAAGACGAUAACGUUAGUUCCAGGUGCUGAGAAACUGAAAAGGAAAACGGAGGAGGAGAAACAGCAGCAGCAGCUGGUCGGCAGCUAAAGUGAAAGAAAAAACCCCAAUCAUUCCUGUGAUGGCAAACGAGCCGGUUAUCCUGAACGUUUAUGAUAUGUACUGGAUCAAUGAGUUCACUUCCUCUCUGGGAAUCGGAGUCUUUCACUCAGGAAUUGAGAUCUACGGCAGAGAAUUUGCCUAUGGAGGACAUCCUUAUCCUUUUUCAGGUAUAUUUGAGAUAACGCCCGGCGACGCCACAGAACUCGGAGAGACAUUCAAAUUCAAAGAAGCCAUUGUUUUGGGGAGCACAGACUUCACAGAAGAGGAUGUGGAGAGAAUUGUGGAAGAAAUGGGGAAGGAAUAUAAGGGGAACGCCUACCAUCUCAUGCACAAGAACUGCAAUCACUUUUCCUCAGCCCUAUCUGAGAUCCUUUGUGGUCGAGAGAUCCCACGCUGGGUAAACCGGCUGGCCUACUUCAGCUCCUGUGUGCCCUUCCUGCAGAGCUGCCUGCCAAAGGAGUGGUUGACUCCUGCUGCGCUGCAGUCCAGCGUCAGUCAGGAGCUCCAGGGGGAACUGGAGGAGGCAGAAGAUGCUGCGGCUUCAGCCUCCACACCCACCUGCGCCGUGGCUCCCGCUCCAAGACCAGCCCGACACCAGCCGCGCCGAUGAGCCUUCCAUCACACGCCAUUCCUGGAUCGAGCUGAACCACCGUUUGUGCUGCCAACAAACCCUCACUUCUCCUCCUCCUGACACACACUAGCGGUUCACCAGAUGGAAAAACCUCCCUCUGUGUUCAGUGCUUUACUUCAAGUGAGCGUUACAGGCCUGCAAUCCUUUAUCAGUGUUUUCAACUCAACCUUAUUUUGGCCUUUUAUCUUAUUUUAAAAACUCAGGACUUGAACACCACGGCUCUGUUCAAUCACUUUGGGUUUUUUUUUUACGAUGGAUUGGCUUGCUAGCCUCUUACUCCUACAGAAAGCGCCUAAUCAGUGACUUUGUAUUUUUUAAAUGGAGAUUGUCUGUUUACAGAUUUCCUGCGUUCCAGUCGGUGUAUGAUUGUGGUGUUGUGUGCGGAUUUUAAAAGCCAAAUCUCCACACUUUUGUAUGGACACACACACACACACAGUUAUGCCGCGGUGUGGUGACUGUGCCUGAAGAUUUUUACCGUUACGUGCUCAGAGAGCUCUGCACUCUUUCUCUACAGUUCUCUACCUGUUCAGUCUGCUCCAGAGUGUGUGCAGACUUCAUAUCCUACGAGACCUUCCUCGGAUGUUUUACACCUUUUUAGUUUUUAGAGUCUUCUAUGUAUUUGAGACGACAUUUGUAUUGCAUUUUAUGAUUAUUAAAGAAACUAUACAAGC